CCUGUCUCUAUAAAGAGAAGGCGGGCGCCGCACUCCGCUGCAAGCUCUGUUGGGUACCUUGGAUCCAUUUCCAUCGGUUUUGCUGAAACUCUUGUGGUUCCCUCCCCGCAACAGCCAAAAUGGUGAAGGUGAUCGAGAGCAAGGAAGCUUUUCAGGAGGCCCUGGCUGCUGCGGGAGACAAGCUUGUCGUAGUGGACUUCUCUGCUAUGUGGUGUGGACCUUGCAAAAUGAUCAAGCCCUUCUUUCAUGCCCUCUCUGACAAGUAUUCCAAUGUGGUGUUCCUUGAAGUAGACGUGGAUGACUGCCAGGACGUUGCUGCAGAAUGUGAGGUCAAGUGCAUGCCGACCUUCCAGUUUUAUAAAAAGGGUCAAAAGGUGGGUGAGUUCUCCGGUGCUAACAAGGAAAAGCUUGAAGCCUCUAUUACUGAAUACGCCUAAUCAUGCUCUGAGAAGUGUAGCCAGCCACCAGCUGUUUAAAACCUGUACCUUUUUUAAUUUGCAAAAAAACUAUGAAGUAUGGAGAAUCUAUACCCAACUGCCAUCUGAUUAUAAAUGACAAUAAAAUAUUAAUUCUACCCUUUUUAAAA